UUAGUAUGAACAGAAGAAACGAUGGCUGAAUUUAGUUACGUUGUGACGAUCAUCAGUAUUGCACUGUUGUGCGUUUCGGCGGAAGAACUCUACUCCGAUCGGUACGACCAAAUUGACGCUGAGAGUAUCCUCCAAAAUGAUAAAUUGCGAAAUCAAUACUACAAUUGCUUUAUGGAAACGGCGCCAUGCAUAACAGCAGAUGCAAAGUUCUUCAAAGAGGUUGCUAGCGAAGCUCUCCAAACUAAAUGUAAGAAAUGUACCGAAAGACAAAAGGAAAUAAUGGACUCAAUAGUGGAUUGGUACACAAAAAAUCAACCUGAAGAAUGGGAAGCUUUCGUCGCAAAGACUAUUGAAAAUCUAAAAAAGAAGAACCAGGGUGCAUGAUUGCUAUCUGCUGAAAUAACUCAAAUAACAGGGAGCACGGAAAAAAAUCAAAAAUAAAUUAAUCAUCUAUAAAAUUACUAGAGCUUUUAUAUUCGGAAACAUCUCUUUAGAAAAUAGAGAAAUUUCU